AUGCCAAAAAUAGCUGGUCCGGAAAAGGCUGCUCGACAGCUCAAAAACACUCUUGAGAAACUUCAUCGGCGAUUGUAUCAGGAAGAAUUCAGCGUUAUUGCACUACGCAAAAAUAUGGAAUUCAUGCCUCUGGACAUCGAUUACGAUAUACAUUGUAAAAAGAGGAUGCUGGAAAGCAGUGUCCAGGAUGCAUUUCUCAGAUUUAUGGCUUCACUAAUGCAUGGAUACACUACGUAUCUCAGGCCAAUUCGCUGUGCUCCUCGAUGUGUUGGGGCCACGGAUACUGGGUCACUUUUCGAUCUGGAUGCUUUCCUUCGUUCGCGUGACAAGUAA